AAAUCUAGAAAUGGCUGAAAACUCGACUGAUGUCUACGACUUUGUUUUUCCGAGUCCGCCAGCUUUACAACAACUCGCAGCCAUCGCAGUAGCAGUGAAACUAUGGCGUGAACAAGUCGAUUUAUCUCCACAACAUCACGAAGUAUUUAUUAUUCCUCCUGCCACCAGAAUGAUAGGCAAGCCAUAUUACGAGUCACAAGAACAUUACAUCGAAAUAGCUGAUGGCUGAUAGAUAGCUUUGACCGCAACCGGACGAAAAAGUUCUCUAUUUUUUUUUAUCCUGUAAAAUAAUUUACUACAAAGAUACAAUUAUCUGGCAUUUUCAAACAAAAUAGAUGUAUACACCCACGAAUAUGUUGAAAGAACUCAGCCGCAGUGGAAAUAUUAAAUCAUCGACGCGUCUUUCGGUCAGAUUUUCGACCUAUCCGCAUGCAAAGCUCGUCGUGCAACGUUCAAGGCCUACCCGAACAUACCGACAACUCGAUAGUUUAUGGCAAGAAGGAUGAAUGAAUCAAGCAGAAGUAACCGUACCGUCGACCGAAGGAAAACGCUCUCGAGUAGAUAAAUAUCUACGAUCGAGACGCGUCAUGGAAUACGUAUAGUUCAUCGCAGCUGUGAAGUGAUCGCGAUUUCGGGGGUUCGUUGAGCAUUUUUCCCGAUUAUUUCGAGUGCAUUUUGUUUGUCGCGAAGAGUCGAAACGAGGCCAGAAAAAUGGCCGAAGAAGAAGACCAACCGCAGUCGUCGUUCGAAAACGCUUGUAAAAAGCUCAGGAUUAACCAUAACCUGAUUAUGUUGAAGCUUACCUUAUUCGUUAUGUAUGGAGCUACUUCGUCGCUGGUGCCUUUCUUGACUAUUCAUAUGCAAAGUAUUGGAUUGACCGUUGAAGAAAUUGCCUGCAUUUAUUUAGCUCUACCAUUGACGACGUUUUUAGCACCUCCGGUUACAGGUUUCCUCGUAGAUAAAUUCGGACACUAUAAACCAGUUCUAUUCAUAUCGUUGCUUUUGAACGCUAUUUUCCAUCAUUCAUUGAUGCUCAUCCCUCAAAUGGAAACACCCGGUCAAAUUCCUCCGGCUUACGUCAUGAGACAUCCGCAACAUGGAAAAGUUGAAGUUUGGUGGAGUCCAUGCCCGAGUAGAGAAUGCCCCGAAAAAGAAGAACUGAAUUUAGUCGUCGACAAAUGCGAAGAUCACUGCUUGCUUUAUUUUCCCAACAACUCUACUUAUUUCCCUCACAAAAGUAUGGUCAAAGUUGAACCCAGCAUUGCAGUCAGACCUUACACACCACUCAGAACCAGCAACACCCUACCUAUGGUUGGUUGUUUUGGAAUUACAGACGUAACCGAGUCUCCGGUCACGAAUGUCACGACGGUUAAUCCCGAUUUGCAUUUCAUUGUUGAAAAACGACCGAAAAAUGCCACCAAGCAAAGUAAGACGACGACACCGGCUCCUAGGAAGGUUCGUAGUGCGGAUUACGAUUAUAGAAGAAAUGGGACGAAUAUGACGGAGGAUGAGACUGUUUUUAUGGUGUUGGAUAUGCAUGAAAAUUUAAUGACUCCGGUUGAGAAUUUAGGAAUGGAGUUACCAGAACACGACGACAGUUCAGAAGUGACGGAUUUUCGACAGCAUUUCAAAGAAGACGUACUGGUCUCAUCCGGAGUCAAUUUCAGCGCUUUAUUAGAAGAAGAUCUAAGAUGCGGCGGACGUGUAGUUGCCACCAAUCUAACAUAUCGUAAACUGAACGAACUAGCUGCCGAUUGUAUGCUUCAAAAAUGCUCCUUCAGAACCGGUGGACCUGAAAUUUGUCCACCAGAUUAUAAAGAAUCGGACGAUCGCAUUUACUGGUUGUAUUUUUGUCUACGAUUUGUGGGCACUACGAUGAUGUCAGCCUCAGUCACCGUCAUGGAUCCCAUUGCUCUCACAUUGAUUCAACAAUACGGCGGCGAAUUUGGCCGAGAAAGAUUAUUUUCGACGAUAGGAAUGGCUAUAUUUUCACCUUUAACCGGCAUAUUAAUCGAUUACAAAAGCAGACAAGCAGGUUACACAGAUUUUUCAUACGCAUUCUACAUGUACGAUGUGCUGCUACUCAUCUCCAUCUUGACUGUCCUAUGGAUGCCUGUGGGUCCGAAGAUGCCAGUUGAUAACAUAAUGACGGAUAUGCUGAAACUCUUGAAAUUACCUCAUAUCAUAGGGUUUAUAUUUUUCAUGUUCGCAUUGGGAAAUUUAUGGGGAUUCAUCGAAUCGUAUUUGUUUCUUCAUUUGAAGGAGCUAGGAGCAUCUAACUAUUUACUUGGUUUCACCGUAUCUGUAGCCACGUUGAGCAGUAUCCCUUUCUUAUACGGAGCUGAAAAAAUAACUCAUAAAAUUGGUCACGUGAACGUAAUCGUUUUAGCAUUCUUCUCGCAUGCCGUCCGUCUCAUUGGAUAUUCGUGCAUCGAAGAACCAUUAUGGGUAUUCCCUUUCGAAGCUAUGGAAGCUGUCGCGGUACAUUUAAUGUGGGUCGCCGCCGCCACCUAUUGUGCAGUUAUCGCUCCCAGAAACUUGCUGGCAACUUUGAUAGGCGUUGUUGGAAUGGCGCAUUUCAGCUUAGGUCGUGGCAGUGGAAGUUUCGUCGGCGGUUGCCUGAUCGGCCAGUUUGGUACCCGACAAUCGUUCAGAUUAAUGGGCAUCGGAGGCUUUAUCACCGGAUUAAUAUACAGCCUGAUGUACUUCACGUGUUUACGAAGCUACGACCGCAAACAAAUGCUGAAAAAAAGCUUAGAGCAGGAUUUCACCGCUGAAAUAAUGGAAAAUGGCAAAGAAGCCGAAGAGAAGUUGAACGCCGAGAGAAGAGAAAACGAAGAGUUGGCAGAACGGCUCAGCUUGAUAAUUAAACUCAACCAUCGCGGAUCGCUGACGUCUUUGGAUCGAGUACAGCUUAGUCGAAGAAAUAGUACGAACGCCGAUUAUACCUCGAGACAGUCGAAUUCGCAAAUCAAGAUCAUCGCCAUCGAUGGGAAUAACUUUUUGAAAUCUAAUCUCGAAUUGAGCAGCAUGUAUAAGUUAUCUCAAUCGUCGUUUAUUUAUUAUAAAACUUCAGUUCCUCAGUUGCAUAAAUUGUGCUCCAAAGAAUUCAGCGAUGGAAGUAUAGAUGCAAUUUUGAUCAAAAAAAAUUCGCACGUUUUAUCAGAUGACAUUCGUGCCAGAAGCGGAUCGAUUCCCGAAGAAGAAGAAUGGAACGAAAAUGAAAACUUUCGAUCGAAUGCUCGAGCAGAUAGCGACGAAAGCAUACAAAGAGCCGUUAGUGAAGAAAAAUAGCAUUCGUGAUUCACCUUUGCGCCCAAAAUGCCUUCGAAAUCUCAUUUAUUUAUUGAAUUCAGUUACCGUUGUUUUUUUUGCCGGGAAUUUUUCUCAAACUUUUAGUCUAAUUCAAUUAAUCUGAUAAGAAUGUUGAAAUUAUUUAAGGAUCAACGCAUCUCUUUUUUACUCGUUUUUAUUCCGAUUUUUUUUACUCGUUAAAAUGUAACGCCGUUGUUUUUGGUGAUUUUAUUUUGUCUGAAAAUAUACGGGUAGUUGUUGUAAA